AUGAGAAGGCACCCCAUUUUUCAUGAUGCCACUCAAAUGUUAUUGUAUUUGGCGUUGGUGUUUUGUAAUAUUCAUGAUUUGGCGCAUAUUGGGAUUCAGGUGAGGAGAUUAGAAAACCAAACUAGAAAAAAUGAAAAUUUAGGGAUUGAGUAGAAGGCAGAAAACCAAUUUUAUAUAACCAAAAACAAAUUUAUAAAUUUGUUUUUGGUAAGGUUCAGUAGAUUAGAAAAAUAAAAUUGUUCCGGAUAGAUUAUAGCUAGAAUGUAGUGUUGCUCAGGUUAGAAAAUUCAAAAUAGAUUUAUUGCUCAUGUUAACAAAAAGGUAAACACAUUAAUCAUAUUAAAGUGCAAGCGACAUUUACAGCAAAAUGUUAAGCUUUGCGAAUAGAAAAAUCAUGAUUCAUUGCUCAUGUUGUAAAUUUUGUUGUUGAACACAUUUUUUAACCAUUACUCAGGUUGUAGAUGAUUUUAAUGAUGCAUUGCUCAUAUUAAAGUUUUAUUCAAACAGUUCCUGAUCCUAAUCACUACAACAUAAUGCAUCUCAAAUCGAUCGUUCUCAAUUGCUCAUGUAACCCCCCCCCCUCCCCCAUAAUCAAAAAGUCUGAUUCCAGUGGUCAGCCUUAUAUAAAGUGAUCUACUACGCCGAUGAUUCUUGCUCUCUUUUCUUCGCAUUUUCCGAAUGUGUCUAUCUAUCUCGAACCCUUUUCUUAUCAAUCUGCGUCUUGAUAUUUUUUCAAUCGGCACUCACUAUUAAUGGGUAAGCGUGCUCUUUUCAUCUUCUUCCAAAUUUUGCAAGAUAAGAUCAUUUUACAACUUCCCCGUUCCAGACUUAUCGCCACGUUUUUUCCCAACGUCUACCAUAAUCAUCGAAAAACCCCUGGAUUUAUUAUGUGUUUUAUAGUAGUCUUGAUGAGCUUGGCGACAAAUUUCAUUGUGAUAACUCUAGAAGACCAAGAAACCCCCCUCUACAGUCCAAGUUGCCAAUUUUUUCCAGCUUCCGCAGGAGCGCGAGCAAAUAUCUACCUGAUUUCCUCAAUUUUCAUUCUAGUCAUCAAUUUUCUGAUCAAUGUUGGCCUAUAUUUAUCAAAUAAGUGUGGAAGGGCGCAAAUUUACGAUAUCUCAAAAAAAUAUCAAAAUCUGGAGACAAAAUACACCUCAAAAGCUAUCUCUUUGCUCUCUUUGGUUCAAUUAUCAAGCCUUUGUGUUUAUUCAGGGGGAACUUAUAUUUUUCGAACUUUUAAGGAUGAUAUUCCAGUUGCCUACUAUCACAACAUCGUGAUCUGGGUUUAUGUAAGAAUUUCUCUUGCUUGAAAUGUUUUUGAAAAGUUCUUUUCUAGGCCCUUUCCUACGUCACCGCCUCUCUCCCAUUGCUCAUAAUAUACUGUAUCAGAUAUGUUCGAAGUCACCGGCGAAAAAAGAUCAAAACAAUUACAAACCAUCAAGAAACCCUUGAAUUUCGAAUGGGAGAAUUGAAAAACAUGUGGAGUUAGGGUUGAAAAUAGAUAAGGAAAAAAUGAUGAUUGUAUAAAAGUUUACUUUGGUGAUAAAACAUUUCUUAUUAUUUGUAUGUAUGUUUCAAACUAUGCGGCAGAAUUUGAUAUUUUUUAUAUUUUCAGCGAUUUUUGCUAGAGGUUUGGACUGAAAAAUACUAGAAUAAUUUUCAUUAAAUCGUAUCCUAUUCAGGUGUUUUCUCACAACUCGCUCAAUGUUCAAAUAGCGGAACACCUCUCAAUUCAACAAAUUGUUUGUGCCCCGGUUACACAUCUGGCAAGCUCUGUGAAGUUGUGAAAUGUCAGCGAUGGGGGAUUCCUGAUCAGGGAAGAUGUAGUUGCCCACCGGGUUGGUAUGAUAAAUAUUGUGGAAUUCGUGGCUGCCGUCCGGUUAAUGAGGAUAAUAUGAAUCUUGAAAAACGCUCCUUCAUUAUUGUUUUCAAUACAAAAACAUCAAUGAAAUCUCAAUUGGAAGGUUUGAAAUCAGCGUGGCCUUGGAUGAUUAAUUCGAUUAUGACAAAUCAGAACAGCGGGGUUGCCGAAUACUGGAUCGAGAAUUUCAUUUUCUACGGUUUUGUGCAAGGACAAGGAGCUCUCACGAUAGUCGAAAGAGUAUUCACAAAAUCUCAAGAUGUUCAAGAUUUUUUGAACACUCUUCAAUUAACCGAUGGUGAUGCAGAACAACCAAUUUUGACAGCAUUGAAAAACGCGCAACAAUCGUGAGUUACACUUCAAAUUAGAAGACCUUUGUUAACAAAAGAAAAUUGCAGAAUCCCAUCGAUGAGAUCUCAUGCAAUAGUUUUGGUAUUCACGGAUAGCCCAGCCAGCGAUGCUCCAGCUCUAUCUCAUAGAUUCAUCGACAACAACAUCGAGCAACAUUGUUUGCAGAUUUCCUCGCUAUGGAGAUCCAAAGUUUCCUUCAUUCUAAAUCUCCCAGAUAACGCUGAUUUCUCAAAAGACAGUGUGGAUGUCUACCGUAGACUAGCUUCCUCCACACAUGGAGAUCUUUUCCAAAUCAGGAAUGCUGCUGACUUGGAAAAUGUUCUCAAACACGUGAUUGCGUUUUACUAUUUCCCCGAAAAUGUUCAUGUUGGUUACGGGAUUAAUGGAUCGGUGACACUACCUACUUAUAAAGAUAAUGCGGGUGAUUAUGUUUUCGUUCUCAUAACUCAAGAUCAAUGGGGAAUGGGAGAUGUUCCGGUUGUUGGAGAUGCUAUCUCUUGGUCUAUUGGCACCACAUUUAGCUUAUAUAAUAUGAUGAAUGUGAAUCUUAUCAAAAUUGCGCCAAAAGUAUACACCAAUUACAACUAUCGAGUAUUCAUUCAAUCCAAGAAAACCGUAAUGUUUGCUUAUAACGAUGAUAUGAAUAUUGAUUUUGGAAACUCGAUUGUUGUCAAGAAUAUUUCAAUGACAUCAACUAUUCGAACUUUUGGAUUUGAUAAUAUUAUCAAUAACACUUAUCAAGUCAAUGAUUUGCAAAAUAAUCUACUUCGCGAGAGUUAUAGCGCAAAACUUCGGCCACAAACCGAUUGCACAGUUGAUUAUUAUUUUGAAGCAUGGGAGAAUACCUAUCUCUGCCCUUCCGGACCAAUCACGUGGGUUUACUAAUAGUCAUUGUGGAAUCGAAAAGUUAAACAUAUUUCAGACAAGUUCACAAUUUCUACCUGUCCAAUGUGACACAUCAAAGAGUUACUCCAGCAUAUUGUAUUGAUGGUGAGUUGAGUAAAUUUAAAAUUGUUGAAAUUAAAUAAGAUUUGCAGCCGCUCACUUUUACCCGCAAGCUACUAAUAAAGCAAAAACAUUCUUCAAAAACACUUUACCUUAUCCACCAAAAACUGAACUGAAUUAUGAUUUGAAUCGGGACGAAGAUACGAUAACUCCCUUGAUCACAUGUGAUUCGAAAAACUAUAAAGUUGUGAAUGACCCUCGCCUCACAACUUCCAAUCAAUUUAUAUUUAUUCUGGAGCAACAUCUGAAUAACUCUGCUACCUAUCAGCAACUUGUUUUGGAUAUCGAAAACAUUGUGAACUUGGUUGAUACCGAUAAAAAUUUGAGGAAAAAGGAGUUCACUUUAAUUAUUCAUGAUGACAAAGUCUCGCGGGUCUUAAUCAGCACCUAUUCUCCAACAAAUUUUGUGACUUUUUUCAAAACCGCUGUUCAAAACCUCCCAUACGUGGCAAACCUUGACAACACUCUUGGUCUCCACUCAAUUGUUCAAGCUCAAAAAAUUGUGCUUCAACCAACCGCCCAAAUCUUUUAUUUCACUAAUCAAGCCGUCAAAAAUGUGCAAAACAUCUCAAGACCUUGGGAUAUCGUGGAUCGAAAUGUGGAAGUCAAUUUCUUCACAAUUGCCGAUGGUGUGACUACAGAAAUUUUCGCCUUGCCAAAAGAGUUAGAACUUGUGCAAAAAAUGAGCAAUGGUCGAACUAUUCCGUUAGGCGGAAUACUUGGAUCAUUGUACGGAAUUUUUGCUGAUAUGGUUUUUGAAACUGCGUUGACAACCGAUCAUGAAAAAUACAAUUGUCACGAUUUAAUAUUCAAUGUUGAUGCUUAUAUGGAACGUGACGCAACUAACGCAGUAGUUCAAGUUGUGGGAACCGGUAUAACAACGAUUCGUAUGUUUACUCCAGAUGGAAUGAUUUUUGAUCACACAAAAUAUGUGACUUAUACAAAUGGAAAUUUCGCUUCAAUUAACAUCGGUGAGUCAUGAUUUUGCAGAAUGAAUGAAGAUUUUUGUACUUCAGACCUGACGAAGGAACAAAAAGGUUUAUGGCAUAUCGGAGCUCAAACAACUCGAGGAGGUUGUCAAAUCACUGUCCGUCACAAAACCACAACUGGUGUGAUCAUGGGUUUUGCCAAUUCGAGCUUUGUCGAUGUCGCUGAUUCCCAAAUCCCACUUCAACGAACCAACGAGGCAAAUCAAACUCUAACUAUUCCUAUCAGAGUAACCAAUCAACUUCUAACCUUUACAGCUAAUCUACAAAUCGGUGAGAACUUUGAUUUUGAAAAACUUCAAUAAAAAAUAUGUUCUAGAACUCGUGAAUCGUCAGCGCUACGAUAUGCCAGUGUUUUUCACCAACACAACUGUUAUGCUAAGAGAUGACGUGUCAUGCGCCUUUAAUUUGAUGUCAGCGAGAAUCCAGGUUCCAAAACAAGACCUGACUCUAUGGACACUCACGGGGUAUGCUACAAAUGGAGAUGUGGUUUUGAGACGGGUAUUUUAUUAUUAUCAACAUAUUCCAGCAGGUAAUUAGGUUUCUUAAAAUUGGAAAUUUUUAGUGACAAUUUUGUUAUCACAAAAAAGUUCAUCCGAUUAAAAGUUUUAAAAAAAUAGCCGAAGAGUGUGAAAAUAUAACUUCAUGAUAACAUUUACUUAUCUCCGUGACUCAAAAAAAAUCAGGAAAUUAUACGUUUCAACAAUUUUCUUUAUAAAAUCAAUCACUCACAAGUUCAUUUCCACUUUGCCAAAAUCCAAAAUCAAAACCUCUCAGACUCCUCAAUCUGCAAUGGUGGUCAAGUCGAUGCUCUCGGCAACUGUGUUUGCUCCGAAGGUCAUACCGGCGAGUAUUGUUGGGACCGAUUCUGUGUGAACGGCGCCACUCUCAACAAUCACAUUUGUAACUGUGUUCCAGGAUUUUAUGGUGAUUUUUGUGAGAAGGAACUUUUGGUGCCAAAUUGGAAUAGCUCUACAACAUCAUCAACAACAUCUACAAUCCAAACAACAACAAGUUUGACAUCUAGAAUUUCGAUUUCAAAUUCAAUAAUCCUUCUUGUAAUCUCGCUCAUAUUCUUGCUCUAG